UCUGGGGACGGGCCGGGGAGCAGGAGGAGGAGCGGCGGCCCCACGGCCACCCUGGUGCAAGCCCGCGGUGCGGCCCUUCUCGCCGCCGCCCGUCGCCGCCAUGAGCGCCGGGCAGGCCGCGGGGGAGGAGACGGACGCCGCCGCCGCUUCCCCGACAGUUCCCAGGGUGCUCUCGGCGCUCUUCUACGGGACGUGCUCUUUCCUCACCGUGCUGGUCAACAAGGCGCUCCUCAGCGCCUACAGCUUCCCAUCACCAAUGUUUCUUGGAAUUGGACAGAUGACAGCCACUAUACUUAUCUUGUAUGUGUCAAAACUAAAUAAGAUUGUUCAUUUCCCUGAUUUUGACAAAAGUAUACCUGUGAAGUUAUUUCCUCUGCCUCUGAUUUAUGUUGGAAACCACUUAAGUGGAUUAUCAAGUACCAGCAAGCUCAGUUUGCCGAUGUUUACAGUGCUCAGGAAGUUUACCAUUCCACUUACUUUACUGCUGGAAAUCAUCAUACUUGGGAAACGGUACCCACUGAAUAUUAUAGUCAGCGUAUUUGCCAUCAUUCUUGGGGCUUUCAUAGCCGCUGGGUCUGAUCUGUCUUUCAGUCUGGAGGGCUAUAUCUUUGUGUUGCUAAAUGAUAUCUUCACAGCAGCAAAUGGAGUUUAUACAAAGCAGAAAAUUGAUCCAAAGGAGUUGGGAAAAUAUGGUGUCCUGUUUUAUAAUGCUUGUUUCAUGGUGAUUCCAACAGUUAUUAUUAGCUUUUCUACUGGAGACUUUCAGCAGGCAACACAUUUCCAGCACUGGACAAAUUUUUUAUUUGUCUUUCAAUUUAUUCUUUCCUGCUUGUUGGGGUUUCUCUUGAUGUAUUCUACUGUCCUGUGCAGUCAUUACAAUUCUGCACUCACAACAACAGUAGUUGGUGCCAUCAAGAAUAUAUCCAUUGCUUACAUCGGAAUGUUGAUUGGUGGAGAUUACAUAUUCUCCAUGUUAAACUUUGUAGGGCUAAAUAUUUGCAUGGCAGGAGGACUGAGAUACUCAUUUUUAACAUUAAGAGGAAACAGCAAGCCUGCACAACCUGGGGAUGAAGAGAAUGCACUUACAGUGUCAAAGACUUAGACAAAAUGCCUGCCUUGAAAGAGACUGAAGAUACAAGUUUGUUUAGCAUUGCCAAGACCAUAAGUAUAUGCUGAAACAUACUUGGAACAACAACAAAAAAAAUCUACCUCAGUUGUCACAGAUGCACACAAUUCACUGGCUCAGAAAUAUUCUUGCACACCAUUUUUUUUGCAUGCAAACUAGUUUGAUUUUAGCUUUUUCUUCUUAAUCUGAAAGCCAUUUUGUAGGAAGGAGUGCUAUGAGCCAGUCUUAAGUUGUAAAUUUCUGCAUUUACCUGUACUUGGGUGCUAUUUCAACAAGAUCUUUGAGCUUUGUUUCAGUGACUGCAUGUAGUCUCUUGAGGCAAAAUUCACUGUAAAGAUCAUGAGGCUUGAUUCACCAUUGCCUUAUGCCAUAUGUAAACCUAGAUAUCACUGGGGAGAUGAAAGAUCCUAGUGGUUCAGAUUGAUUUCACGCAACAACACAUGGGUAAGUGAUACAGAAAGUAUGGAGCAAAGGGGGUAUUUGCCCCCAGAUUGUUCCCUGUGUAAGUGUCAACUAAAAAAUUCAGGCUAUGUCCAUGUAUGUAUAUUGUGUAGGCAUUCUCUCUGUGUUUUUCUCAUCCUCAAUCACACUAUGGUGUUUUGCAGAAAUUGUCACUGUUGUUAUAAAUGACCCCUCAUAACUUUGCAGCAGAUCAAGGAGAGUAGGGAAAUGACAGGGGAUAUUUUCAUAUUUGAAGAUUUUUGUGUGUGUGUGUGUCUGUGAGCCAGUACUGACAAAUCUAUUUUUGUUAAGUUACAUUUUUCUUUUUAUAUCACAUUCCCUUCCUCUCACCUUUUAUCUGCAACCACCUUGCUGCAGAGAAGUGGUGCUACUAUGUACAAACAUAGUAGGAGAGAGAAACAUAGAUACGUGGAGGACUGACUUGUGUUUAAAUAAGGAGAAAUGGCUAGUGUCCUGUUGUGUCUUCUUUAUACAGUAAAAGCUUAUCUGGUACUCAUUUAUGCUUGCAGUUCUAAGCAAGGAAUCAUAAUGAGCCUGGGGAUGACUACAGUAGGCUCAGCUGGUACAAUGGUUAAGAGGUCCAGACUGAUGGUCUGAGUGAUCAUCUGGGACAAUAACAUCCAUAUCUAUAUUUCAAUAACACCUGUAUCUGUAUUUCCUUCUUUGAAAAGAUUUGACAAUGCUUACCUGUUUCUCUGAGGAUAAACUGUUAACCUUUGAAAAUGUGAUAGGCACAUUGAAGUGCUGGAAGAUAGCAGAGAAAUUAAUCUUGUUGAAGUGAAGUUCUCAAUUCCCUGUGGGCAUGAGCCAAAAUUUUUGAAAAUAAUCAAAUCAAAAGAAGAUUUGGAAAGACUUUGACAUGGAACAAGGGUGGUCUAAUGACUUGUUUGAUCACUUCAAUUGAAAUACAGGUAAUCUGAAAAUACAGAAAAUCAGAAAACAUUACUCUGUGUGUAGCACAUCAAUGACCAGUCUGAAUUAGAUCUAAGAAACAUGUGGGAAACUCACACCAGAAGAUUCAGGGAGUGACUGCCUGCAUGGAUUUGAAUGGCAAGAGGAGCAGUGACUGCAGAUACUAGAAGUGGCAUUUAAAGACAUGGUCAAAGUGGAAAGAGAAAUCUGAGCUAUCAAUUUUCUCACAGCUGGCGAAGAAUGUGACUUUCAUUUUCUAUCUGCUGAAGACCUGUGGAGGGAAAGCAUUGCUGCAAAUAUUUUUUCAUGAUCAUCUGUUUUUAAAAAUUUCCUUUAUGCUUAAAAACCUUCAAUAUUUUUGAGUGUAUUCUUUUAUAAGACUCCUCUUUCUUCAGAACAUCUCUACCUCCACAAUUUCAAUUACUGAACCUUAACUCUCUUCUAUGAGACAAGGUAUUGGAAAGUUUUCAUUUAUUGUGAAAUUAGUAUGAGUGCCAUUUGAUUGCAAUACUGAAGAACACACAAAGGCAACUGCUAAAUAAGAUGUAGUUCCCACAAAGGAACACUGAACAUUUGCAUAUAAUUAAUUAAUAUUUUGCUCUACCUUUUAUAAAUAAAAUUAUACAGAUUGCACUUUUAACAAAUGUUUUGUUUGGGUUACUUUUUUUUCUGUUGUGGAUGGACACAUUCAAUUGUCCCAAGCACAUGAACAACACUGCUAUUUGCUUUUUAUAUGAUUAACUCUUCUAGUGUACUUCAAGUAGUUUCUUUAGCUCAUUCUGUACCAUAGUGAAGUGAUUUUAUUUAAUUUCUUAUUCAUAGAAUGUUUUUGAAGUGCUUCAGACUUAGAUUUUUCACCUGAAACACAGACCUGAUAAUUACAGUCUUUAUGACAGUGUUACUCAGAAUCAUUUAAAAAAUAAAUCUAGCAAUAACAAGAAAUAGGUACUAUUUAGAAGUACUUGCAAUUGCUUGCAUACUUUCACAAAGAAAUUCAGCUUCAGUCACUUUCUGUUUUCCUCUAUGUCUGAGAUACUGUUGAUUUCAGUAAAUUUGCUGCUUAAAAUUCUGGCAGUAUGGGCUCCACCGGGCACAACUAUCAUGUUAGAAUUUAGGAAAUUGUAUGGCUGUUUCACCCAGAACAUCAAUAAUUGUGUCUUUCAGUUACUAAGAUAGAAACUUAGAACUGAUUUUUUUAGGAUACAGCUGCUUACUUUUCUACAGAUUUCGUAUUAAUGAACUUAAGGUUUUAAAUAUGACAUUCAUACCAUUACAGGUGUCAGGGUUACAAGGAAACAUACAAACAAAAAUCAUUACUUGACCAGAAAAACAAUAUUGUCCUGUGCAUUGAUCUGUUCAUGCUCUAAAUUUUGUGGGGCUUUUUUAGCAGUGACCUCACUGUAGUGAAGUGAGAUUAAGUGAAAAAAUGUGAUCAUCCAAGCGACUUCCUACCCAUUCACUGUGUAAAUUUUUUGCAGUGAUUCGUGUGGAAGUCAGAGAGGCAAAAAAGAACUUACCUCAGAAAAAAACCACUUAGACUGAAGAAUUCUUCUCAUACUUAAGAAUUUAUUAAUUUUCUUCUCAUUAUCUUGGCCUAAUUUACUUGUAUUGGACCCAUGACUUUGUAGACCUAUCUGAGACUCAUUACCAGCCGCAGGAAAAGAAAAUGGAAACAGAACAUGGAAGUCCAGAAUAGAAGACUGGCAGCUGUGGAAGAUUGUGUUUUGAUUCCAUCAUUAAAUAAAAAGAAUUAUUUUGAAUUUUGAGAGCAUUAAUUUAAAAGAGGUAUUCAGCAUUAAUUUUACAUGUAGAAAAUAAAGAUACCUCUUCAAAUUUAAAGUAUUAAUUGAACAGUGAGUAAUUUUUUGGGCUAUUCGUGAUUGAUUGUAAAUACUUUUGUAAAUGUAAUAUUCAAACCUUUUUUAUUUGUUUGGUCUGGCUUACUUAUGAGGUGAGCCCUGAGAGGAAAAUUAAGGCAGGUUUAGUGUGAGGAAACUGGGUUGUUGUUAAGCUAAGACAGUAAUGAUUUUUUAUCUUCUUGUUGCAGAUAAGCUAGUGUUACCUUCCUUGUGAUUCACACAUUGUCUUGUAAAGCAUCUGCACAAUUAUGGGUUUCUAUCUGAAGGUGUCAGUAAUGUAACAUGAUAAAUCUUUAUUUCUGGUUCCAAUAUGAAUUUGUCCUGGAAGUGUCUGGGCCACAAUGUAACUCUUCACUGUACGAAGUAGUGUUGAUCUCUGUUUGGGGUAUUCUUUUUUAAGGGUUUGGUUUAGAUACAUCUCUGGUCUCUAUGAAUGGUUAACAAUGACAAUAAAAUUAGUUUUUUAGGUUUGUGCAGUUUCCAGAAAAGAAGUGAAACCCUUCC